AACAACAAGAAACCGGGAAUUUUACGUUCAUUUUCUAUGUUAAGGCACUUUUUUUGUCUUGGUGCUGUUAAUUGACUAACGAGUGUGUGGACAUUGCACUAAAAGGACUGCUGGGAGCUGAACAUCAGAGGUCUGUGCUGUUUGGACAGCGAUGGACAGGCGGACACUGUCCCGUAUAGAUGAUGAGCUGAACUCUGAGGAGGUGGCGGAGCUUUGCUUCUUGUGCACCGAUUUUAUCCCCAGAAAACGUUUGGAGGGGAUCAGUUCAGCUAAAGAUCUUUUCUUAAAACUUGAGGACGCAACUUUGCUGGACAGCUCUUACCUCACUCAGCUGUUCAGAACUAUCCAUCGAGAAGACCUCGUCAGGCAGGUGCAGAAUGGAAGCAGACAAGCAGAGGAAGCCGAUGCCGUUCCCAGUUUGUCUGAUUACAGAGUGAUGCUGUACAGCAUACAUGAUGACAUGACCGAGGAGAACCUUGACAAACUGAAAUUUCUGUUAAACCCCAAGUUGAACAGAAGGCCACUGGAGAAGAGCAAAACUGCUCUGGAUGUAUUUGUUGAAAUGGAGAAGUCACAAUUAAUAUCAAAAGACGACGUCUCUGGGCUUUAUAAACUGCUCUUGGAGUUUGAUAAAAAGCUGGCAGCAGUUGUCGAGAAGUACAUGCAAGAUCAUCGUGGAGCAUUAACUGAUACCAGCCACUAUCAAAAGAGACCCAGCAUCCCUUCGCUUGAAUCGCUUUCUGUGUCUCAACCUGAGACUUGGUCCGAGACUGAGGAUCCAAACAAUGGAGUAAGGUCUGAUGCAACACCAUGUCCAGACCCACCAACUUCACCUGAUGAGGAGGAGUAUUACAGUUUUACUCAUGAACCUCGAGGUUUGUGCGUGAUUUUUAACAAUAAGUUAUUCUUCCCCGAGUCAAACCUCGGUGAACGAGGUGGAACUGAGAAAGAUGAAAAGUCUCUCAACAACUUGUUCCAUCGUUUUGGCUUUGAGGUUGUGGUGCACAACAAUCUCACUGCAGAUUUAAUUGAAUCUGAAAUAACAAAACUGGGACAGAGAAAUUUCUCGCAUGAUGAUGCUUUGGUAGUCUGUGUCCUUUCCCACGGCGACAACGGAUGUGUUUAUGGAAUUGAUGGGAAGAAAGUUCAACUGCGAGCUCUGACCCUACCCUUUACCAGUUACCGAGCCCCUAGCUUGAUAGGAAAGCCAAAACUUUUCUUUAUCCAAGCAUGUCAAGGCACACUAGACCAAAGUGGUUAUCUUCCAGGUUCGGAAGUGAAAGGGGAUGCAGAGUUGGAAGCUGAUGCAUCAUCUAGCACCAGCAACUCUGUGCCCAAUGAUGCUGACUUCUUGCUGGGCAUGGCAACAGUGGCAGAGUGCAAAUCUUUUAGAAACAAGUACACAGGCUCCAUCUACAUCCAGGAGCUGUGCAGACAGCUGGAAAGAGCUGCAGAGAGCUCAAAGAUGGAGGAUAUUCUGGGUGUCCUGGUCCACGUGAACAGAGAAGUCAGCAAAGGAGUGUUUUUGAACAAAAAGCAGAUGCCUGAGCCCAAAUAUACGCUCACCAAGAAGGUUGUUCUUAAAUAUAUGAACUGACCUCUGAAAAGCUGUCUACGGAUUGAUUGUAGAGUCUCAAACUUUUGAGGAUUAGUCUAUUUGGUUUUGUCUGAUUAUUAUGCUGGAGAAGUUUAC